CCCUCGGCAUGUUGCCUGGUUCCAUCGUCACAGUGGCUGAACAAGUGAAGAAAUCAUGAAUCAUCUGUGAAGGCCUUGAGUCGAAGCUUAGUUUGUUUAUUAUAGGCGACAUAUUUGUUUGCCCUGUUGCCUACACUCGUCUAUUUGGAGAAGGUGAUAUUCGACUGAAACAUAAAUUUGUUUUUGAAGUAACGUUGCAGAACUGGUUGCCUAAUUUUGGGGGGCUUAAACGUUUGCUAGCUAAACCCACCGCUAAACUUAUAAACACGUUUGUGAAAGAUGGCUGACAACGGAACACACCCGGCAGAAGAGGACCCAGCCGCAGCUUUCUUAGCUCAACAGGAGAGUGAGAUAGCGGGGAUAGAGAACGACGGCGAGGGAUUUGAGGCGCUGGAAGGGCCGGAUGGCCAGCAACCUUUUCAGCCGCAGCCAGCUAACUAUGACGGUUUCGGAGAGGAGCCUAUCACACUGAACGGGGAUAUAUUUCAGGAGUCCAAUGGCCCAACAGACAACUAUGCAGCCAUCGCCCAAGUGGAUAUUCAGAGACAAGAGCCAGAGAGUUUACGCAAGUGGAGGGAGGAGCAGAAGACACGCCUUGAAGCAUUGGACUCAGCAUCCAAGGCAGCAGAGGCAGAGUGGAGAGAGAAAGCCAAAAAGGAGUUGGAGGACUGGCAUGUACACCAGAAUGAGCAGAUGGAGAAAAACAAGGUCAACAACAGGAUUGCUGACAAGGCUUUCUACAAACAGCCCAACUCUGAUGUUAUAGGCUUUGUAGCGUCGGAGGAGGCUUUUCUGGCAGAGACCGAUGGCGAAAGCCCAGGAACUGAAUGGGAGAGAGUAGCCCGUCUCUGUGACUUCAAUCCAAAAACCAACAAACAGGCAAAGGAUGUUUCUCGAAUGCGUUCGGUCCUCAUCUCUCUCAAACAGAUGCCUCUAGUUCGCUAGAAGAGGUGGCUGGGAGAAUUUUAUUCUAGAAAACAUUGCCUUUUCAGUUUUAACUCACGUCGCAUCAGAAGAGCUUGUAUUCCCUUUUCCUGGUAUGUUUAUAACCUUUGAAAACUUCCUGCCUUUCUUGAUGCCUAUUAUACUGAAAUAAUCUGCUUAGUCUCACUCUCUGGUAAGAAGACGGACUGCUCUAUUGUUACAACAUCCCUUAGUCGGUCAGUUUUAUCACUGCUAUAAUCAAGAAUAUAUUGUUCCUGUAAGUUAAUCAUUUUCCUUCCCCUUUAACUUAUAAAUUAUUAGGUCAACUUUGUUGCAUGCCUCUGCCAAUACCUUGGAUGCAUCAUUUUUUAGUUUCAUAAAUUUGCAUUUUGGUUGAUAAACAGUUACUUAUUAAGCACUAUUAAGGAUUAGAUUGUAACCAUUUAUGACUGGCAACAGUGUCGAAUUCUAAACACACAUUCUUGGUUCACCUUUGUUGUAUUGUAUCCCAAAUUACCAUAUUUACUGUAGCUAGCAUAUUUACAAGCUUGUGGCCUUUUUGAUCUAGCUCUGACUCCAUUUUGACUAUUAAGCCAGAUGGUGUUCCUCUUCAAUUAGGCUAGUUUAAGAAAAAAAAUAACAACCAAAGAUUUCAGUUAUCAUCUAAAUUUUAACUGGUUUUAUGGACCAUGUUGGUAUUGCACCAAUGUUUUAAGAUUUUGGAUCAAUGUGUUUGUUUCACAUGUUGCCUAUUGGGACAUUAUGAAUGCUGAAAAAAGUGAAUGUUAAAAGGGAACUGGAAAAUAAAAACAAUGGAGUCUGAUCAUCUAAAUUAGUUUGUCCUUAAAUAUUUUCCAGGUAGACUGGUACUAUCAAAAUGGCCUGGAGAUAAAUCACUUGAGUUCCAGCUGAUAAAGUUCAAGUGUGAGGAGAUGAAGGUUCCUACUCCCAUGCCCACAACUCUGAGGGUUGUGCUUCUGUGAAACCAAUGCAUCUGAGGCAUUUACACACACUCUUUAGCUUUCAGAUGUUGAAAACACAACAAUGGGCCUCAUUCACCAACUGUUAAGAGCAAAUUUUAAAAAUGUUUUUGUGAAGAUUCAGGCAUUAACUAUGUUUUCCAGUUCACCCACUCAAGAUUAUGCACAUUUAUGUGAAAUAAUUGGUUUCCUAUAAUUCUGACAGAAGAUUAUAAUUACAAUAACAUUUUUCAUUUUUUUUUAUAAUUUCCAUUUAUUUAACAAAGUCAGAUAUUGUGGUGUUUUUAUUUAAAUACACACUACAUCUAAUAUACUAAGCAAUUAAUUGCUUGUUUAUAAAUUAAUGCAUUAAAAUUAAUUAGUUCUACAAUGUGCUUAUUCCUCUGAUGUUGGGCAGCUGGACGGGACCGGGUGCACACA